AUGUCUACCUUCGCUUUCCUCCUCCUCUGCGUCCAAGCUUGCUUGGUUCAGAAUGUAUACAGCCAGUGCGCUGGUGGACUGGCUGGACCCAUUGGCUACGGUUAUGGUCCCGGAAUCGCUGGUCUGGGCUGGGAAGCCGGUCUCGCUGGUCCCGGUUACGGAUUAGGUUUUGCUGCUCCAUGCGGUGCUGCUUACGGUGGUGCCGGUGUUGGUGAUGUAGCCGUCGCUGGUGAAAUGGGCGUCGCCGGAACCACCCUGGUUGCUGGUCAAGUGCCGAUCCUCGGUGCUGUCGAGUUCGGAGGUGUUGUGCCAGCAGCUGGAGCAGUCUCCAUCACCGGUAGCUGCGGCUGCGGCUGCAACGGUGGUUACAUCUACUGAGAAAAAUAGUAACAUGAUUCAACGGAAAAACGUUUUCUAAACCAAA